GGAGGGGGUAAGGAGGAGAGCGAGGUAGUUCCUGCUCCGCCUGCCUCCUCGGUGAAUGAGGAAGCGGCGCGGGCAGCGCCUUCUUCCCAUCCCUUUUCGAAGUGAGCGAGUGUUUGUGUGUGAGAGAGAUUUUCUCUUUCGCCCACCCCACUUUCCGGCGCUGAGGGGUUGUGCGAAUGGGCUGAGCCCUUCUUCUCGUCAGAGGAGCGGGACCCUCCGGCGCUCGAGUCGAGCCUGGGCUGGGUUUACAAUUGUGCUAUGAGAAAUGGCUCCCUUCUUACGAAUAUCAUUCAACUCCUUUGAGCUAGGACCUUUGCCGAAUCAAGGGGAGCAACUACAGCCAUUCUGUGCAAUAAAAAUGAAAGAGGCCUUGACUACAGAGAGAGGCAAAACCUUGAUUCAAAAGAAACCCACUAUGUACCCAGAAUGGAAAUCGUCAUUUGAUGCCCACAUUUAUGAGGGCCGCGUCAUUCAGAUUGUUCUCAUGAAAGCAGCAGAAGAGCCAUUAUCUGAGGUGACUGUAGGUGUGUCUGUUUUGGCUGAAAGAUGUAAGAAAGGCAAUGGGAAAGCAGAAUUCUGGCUUGACUUGCAACCUCAAGGGAAAGUAUUGAUGGCUGUACAAUAUUUUCUAGAAGAUGGAGGUAAGGAAAUGGACAACAAGCAGUCAAUGAGAGAAGAUGAAGGAACUGUGACUAUGAACAGGAGAGGAGCAAUCAAACAGGCCAAGAUCCACUACAUCAAAAACCAUGAGUUCAUUGCCACCUUCUUUGGGCAACCUACAUUUUGCUCUGUCUGUAAAGAUUUUGUGUGGGGCCUAAACAAGCAGGGAUAUAAAUGUAGACAAUGUAAUGCUGCUAUUCACAAAAAAUGCAUUGAUAAAAUCAUUGGGAGAUGUACUGGUACUGCAGCAAACAGCAGAGAUACAAUGUUUCAGAAGGAGCGCUUCCACAUUGAUAUGCCUCACAGGUUCAAAGUUUACAACUACAUGAGUCCUACCUUCUGUGAUCAUUGUGGUAGUCUUCUCUGGGGACUAGUUAAGCAAGGAUUAAAAUGUGAAGAAUGUGGAAUGAAUGUGCACCACAAAUGUCAGAAGAAAGUGGCAAAUCUCUGUGGAAUCAAUCAGAAAUUAUUGGCAGAAGCUUUAAAUCAAGUUAGUCAGAAAUCUUCCAGAAAAUCUGAAUCUGGGUCAGUAGAAAGUGUCGGAAUUUACCAAGAUUUUGAUAAAAAACCUAAAUCCUGGAGUGGAGAUGCAACAGAUAAUAGUGAGUAUGAUAAGCUUUGGGAGGGUCGUUCACUGUCACGACCAUCUGGUAGGAGGAAAUUCAACAUAGACAGUUUUGUAUUCCACAAAGUUCUUGGAAAAGGAAGCUUUGGAAAGGUACUACUUGCUGAACUGAAAGGGAAGAAUGAAUUUUUUGCAGUAAAGGCUUUGAAAAAGGAUGUGGUGCUAAUUGAUGAUGAUGUGGAAUGCACCAUGGUAGAAAAGCGGGUCUUAGCACUGGCAUGGGAAAAUCCAUUUCUUACUCAUUUAUACUGCACUUUUCAGACAAAGGACCAUCUGUUUUUCGUUAUGGAAUUCCUUAAUGGCGGAGACCUAAUGUUCCAUAUACAGGACAAAGGCCGCUUUGAUCUAUUCAGAGCUACGUUUUAUGGAGCUGAAAUACUGUGUGGCCUACAAUUUCUUCAUAGCAAAGGCAUCAUUUAUAGAGACCUCAAACUAGAUAAUGUGAUGCUUGAUAAAGAAGGUCACAUCAAAAUUGCUGAUUUUGGGAUGUGCAAAGAGAAUGUGUUUGGUGAGAACAAGGCGACAACUUUCUGUGGUACUCCAGACUACAUAGCGCCUGAAAUCCUGCAAGGCCUAAAAUACACAUUUUCUGUGGACUGGUGGUCGUUUGGAGUCUUGCUGUAUGAGAUGCUUAUUGGACAAUCUCCUUUCCAUGGUGAUGAUGAGGACGAGUUAUUUGAGUCAAUCCGUGUGGACACACCUCACUACCCUCGCUGGAUUACCAAGGAAUCUAAGGAUAUACUAGAGAAGUUGUUUGAAAGGGAUCCAACAAGACGACUGGGAAUAACUGGAAACAUCAGAGAUCAUUCUUUCUUCAAAGCGAUUAAUUGGACAUCUCUUGAGAAGAGGGAAGUGGAACCGCCCUUCAAACCCAAAGUGAAAUCAGCAAGUGACUACAGCAAUUUUGACAGAGAGUUUUUGAGUGAGAAGCCACGGCUAUCAUACAGUGACAAAAACCUAAUAGACUCUAUGGAUCAAUCUGCAUUUGCUGGGUUCUCUUUUACCAAUCCUAAAUUUGAACGCAUUUUAGAGAAAUAGUUUAUCAGCACAGAGGAACUUUCAGGUACUGCUGCAAAACGGAAGUUUUCGAGCACUCCAUCCGAAAUGUGAUCAAAGGAUACCGUCUUCUCUUUCCCUUCAUUCCGAACAACACUCAAUAGUGACUAAUUGUGCUCAUUCUUUGGCAACUGGCGGUAGCUUCAUUGUGCAUGGUUGAGUUUAAGUAUCCUUGUGAAUCAUAUGUAAAUGACUUUCUCUGCAGUAGGGAAAAUGUAAAUUGUGUACGUGGUUACUUGAAUGUAGUUAUCCAUUUGGGGGGGAAAUUAUGUAUAUGAUGUAUAUUUUGCUCAAGAGGUGAAAGAGAUUAUCGAAGGGUACUACCCUUCAAAUAAAGUGAAAUGGCUAGGCAGUUUUUAACGUCCAUCAAAUUAAAUAAUUUGAGUUUUCUUUCGGUUGAUUCUGAGCUACAAAUAUUGCUAUUUUUAAUUAAUAAAAAUGGGCAUCGAUUGAUUACGGUGCUUUUCAGGCCCUCAAUCCAGCAAGUUUACAGCCUUUUAAGUUGUUCUUGCUUUGCUGUUCAUGAAUGAAGCCCCAUCUAAAAGACAAAGUAGUCGUUUUGUUUGUUUUUUAAUUUAAAAACAUGUGGGCCUUUCCUUAUUAGACUACAGCUACCACAGACCCCCUAUCUGCAACCCAGUGAGUGAGGAAGUGAAGUGCUAGAGAACAAAGUUGUGUGUAUGUGUGCCAUGUACCUGCUCCCUUUGAGGAUGCUGUCCUGUCCUCAGUGUUGGAAGACAAAUAGAACUCCAAACUUAGUUUGUUUAUGGAUGUGUAAGUGGGGGAGAAGGUGACAUCUUGUCAUUUAUUUUUCCAGGUAUCCAUCUGUAUUGGGCACACGGUGAGGUAGAACUUGACUUAAAUGCAGUUGGGCACACAUCUAAAUAAGCAUGCAUGAGACCGGGCAACACACCUUUCAUGAAGGAUGUUGGGCAGGUCUCAUUUCAAAGAACCUGCUGUUAAAGACCUGUGUGGUUUGGGUCUAACUUUGGUCUCGUUGCCAGCCAAUA